UAAAACUUAACCUACUUGAGUAAAUUCGAACCAAAAACAAAAAUGAAAUCUUUCACAAAAUCUAGAAGGCAUGUUAUCUGACAGAUCAUUUUAAACAAACACAAAAUUGAACAGCUCCAAAAUUCUCAGUGUAACAAAUAUAAAUUGUACGCGUUAGCAAUGGACAAAAGGAAAAGAAACGAGGGUUCCGGCAAAAAAGAUAAAGAUAGAGGUGAAUUAAUAAAGAUUAUCGAUAAAGUUAUAAAGAAAAAUCACGAAACUUUGCAAAAGUAUCCCGAAGGAGGAGACUCGGACGAAAAAGUGCUAAGUAAUCAGAAGUUAGAAAAAAUGAGGAUAAAUAUUUUAGUCAAAAAGCCGACUGAACGGGAAGGGAAACACAUUAACGAUGAAAAUAGGAAAAAUACUAACAUGAACAGAUAUGGACAAGAUAAGUCCCAUCCCGAUGUACAACUAAGAAAGAGAAUCAGAGACAAAUAUACGUUAAAACUAAAGAGUUCGGCAAAUAAAAGUGAUCAUACAAAUGUGGUUAAGAAACCAGAGAGAGAGAAUGGCAUUGGGAAUUGCAAUAGCAGCGGAAACGGAAGUAAUAUUAAAGUUAUUAAUGUUGUGAGCGAAGAUUGUAAGCCUGUUGUAGAACAAGCAGAAAAACAGUUAGCCGAAGAAACGACGCAAACGAGACCGUCAGCGCCGUCAUCAGCAAAAACCGAAAUACUGGAUCGGAAAAUCGACAAGAAUCCUUCGAAACAAGACAAAAAUUCAGCCAAAACCGACAAGAGUAAGCCAGAAAGGAAUUCCGCGAAAAAGAAACCUAUGAUCAAAACUAUAAUGUGCAAAAAUGGCUCCGUGAAAAUCUACAAAGCUGUUACAUUUGUUGAACCGAAACGUAAACUGACUCCCUUAGAAAUUAAGAUACCAGUCGAUGGAGCAAGAAAGCAGAAAGUAUCAAAGUACACUGAUACUAAUUCGUUGAAAUUUAAACCCAGGCCUUCUUCGAGCCGUUGUAGUAUUAAAGAGAAGUCUGUGCCAGUGAAAAAGAAAAUUGAUAAACGAAGAGAUAGGAAGUUUAGAUACGUACCUUCACCAGAUGGCUCAAUGAAGGAUAGUCAGUCCCCACCAACUGAAGUCGCUAGGUGGGCCCCGGCUUCAAUAGACCAGCAGACAAAGCCGUAUUACGAAGCCUGGGUAAACACAACUUUGGCGGCCAUAUCGAAAAAUUCAAGAAAUAAUAGGCAAUUUUAUGAAAAGCAAAGAGAAUUUUUGCUCAGUUUCCAAAAGGCGUUUGAAGAACCUAGGACGCCGGAGUUGGUUUACGAGAAUUUUACCGAUGAAAAGUAUACUGGUAGAAUCAAGAUUACGCAAAGAUAGUUUUUUUUUUUCACUUUUUUAUUUACGAAUUCUCUAAAGAGGUUCUAAAUGCGGAUGUUUAUAGUUUUUUAGUUGUUGUUAUUAUUGCUAUUUUGUUUGGUUAUUAUGUCCAGGUAUUUUGAAGUCCAAAUUGUAGUUUGUGAUUUUAUAGUCUUCUAUUAUUAUAAAUUUUUAAGUGUGACCAUGUUAUUGUUUUAACCGACUUCCUUAAAAAGGAGGUUAUCAGUUCGAAUGUUUGGUAUUUUUUUAUUAUAUGGUGUCUAUAGUCUAUACUAUAGUAGUCUUCACUACCUACCUAAUCUCUUUUCUCUUUUAGUACUCCAUUUUUAUUUUUCCUAACUAGUACCUCAAAAAUGCAGACUGGUAUAGGUACGUAGGUAAUAUAAAACAAAAAAAUAUUGUCUUAAAGCUGGAUGCCCAAUCUGAAGUAUAAUGUCAAGUUAAACAGGGUAUUUCAAAGUACCUGUGGAUAAAAUUUGAGGGUUGGGCAUAGUCAGACAUGGGCUACGUUUCACCCGGUUGCGGGAAGUAGCUCCCUCGUCACGGGUGGAACCGCGAGAAUAGCUAGUUGGGAAUAUUUUUUUAUAGUUAAACAGUGAAAACUUCUCUGUGCUACGUUUCGCCGACCAGAAAUCCUGAAUGACCUUGACCGUGGAAAAUGUUCAAUUAUGGCGGCUGAAACGAUUUGCUCAGAAAGGUUGAACCCCAUAUCAUUUUUUCAGUAUUUUUUUCUUUAAGUGUUCUGUUCGUUUUGUCAAGAAUAAAAUUUUAAUUUAAA